CAGACGGUCACAUCAUCACAUCAUCAUGUUAUAACUAUUGUCUUUGUCUUCUCCCAGAUACCUGUACGUACGACUGGAUGGAACCAUGUCCAUCAAGAAAAGAGCAAAAAUAGUGGAGAAAUUCAACAGUCCGUCUAAUCCAGAGUUCAUCUUCAUGCUCAGUAGCAAGGCUGGCGGAUGUGGCCUGAAUUUGAUUGGCGCCAAUCGCUUGGUGAUGUUCGAUCCCGACUGGAACCCCGCCAACGAUGAGCAGGCCAUGGCCCGGGUGUGGAGAGACGGCCAGAAAAAGACCUGCUACAUUUACAGACUGCUCUCGACGGGAACCAUCGAGGAGAAGAUCCUGCAGAGACAGGCUCAUAAAAAGGCCCUGAGCAGCUGCGUGGUGGACGAGGAGCAGGAUGUAGAGCGCCACUUCUCUCUGGGGGAACUGCGAGAACUUUUUACGCUCAACGAGGAGACGUCCAGUGACACACAUGACAAGUAAGGGUCAUGUGUUUUGGGUUUGUGACAUUUGGAGAUCAUAUAAAAGUCUAACAAACACCAUACCCAGAGAAGUUGGUACAC